AUGUAUCUGGGUGCAUCACACUGUGAUAUGACAUGGCAUGAUGAUGAUGAUGAUGAUGAUGAUGAUGAUGAUGAUGAUGAUGAUGAUGAUGAUGAUGAUGAUGAUGAUGAUGAUGGUGGUGGUGGUGGUGGUGGUGGUGGUGGUGGUGGUGGUGGUGGUGGUGGUGGUGGUGGUGGUGGUGGUGGUGGUGGUGGUGGUGGUGGUGGUGGUGGUGGUGGUGGUGGUGGUGGUGGUGGUGGUGGUGGUGGUGGUGGUGGUGGUGGUGGUGGUGGUGGUGGUGGUGGUGGUGGUGGUGGUGGUGGUGGUGGUGGUGGUGGUGGUGGUGGUGGUGGUGGUGGUGGUGGUGGUGGUGGUGGUGGUGGUGGUGGUGGUGGUGGUGGUGGUGGUGGUGGUGGUGGUGGUGGUGGUGGUGGUGAUGAUGAUGGCGAUGAUGAUGAUGAUGAUGAUGAUGAUGAUGAUGAUGAUGAUGAUGAUGAUGAUGAUGAUGAUGAUGAUGAUGAUGAUGAUGAUGAUGAUGAUGAUGAUGAUGAUGAUGAUGAUGAUGAUGAUGAUGAUGAUGAUGAUGAUGAUGAUGAUGAUGAUGAUGAUUUUAUGUGCAUUGUGUGCCUGAGGAAGCAAGAGUAUUUCAUCCCCGUGGGAAUCAUUCUCAAGUGCCUAAUGGACGUCUCAGAUGCAGAGCUGGCGCUGGUGGUGUUGAGUCACCUGCGCUCUCUGUGCCUCUUCACGCGCAUGGAGUGCCUUGCUUUCCUUGGGAAGACCUUCCGCCCCGCUGUCAACGUGCCCAGCUACAAGUCAGACGCCUAUUCACGCGUGCUCUCGUCUCUUCAUGCGCAAGUAGUGCCCGGCAUUGUAAACUUCCCCGGCAGCAAGUCCGAUGCAUAUGUGAGUGGCGUGGCGUGGCAGCGGAUCAGCACAGACCUUGUGCGCGUGGCACCUCUUCUCCUUCCUGCGCAGCGCACCCCCUUCCUUCCUCUUCCCAACUCCCUCUGUCCCCCCUCUGCCUCCCACCUGUUCAACCCCAACGCCCUCAUCUUCAUGCUGCACAAGCUGUGGUCGAUGGUGGAUGGGCUAUCACAGGAGGACUCAAUGGACACGCUCAUGCAUCACGAGCUCUACCUGCCGGGCCACAUCCUCAACAUCUUCAUCAAGGAGAAGAUACAGCUGCACAAGAUUAAUUCGCAUGCCCCCCCCCCUCACUUCUCCUGCCCUGAGAAGCUGCACCUACACCUGCACAAGAUCCAAGCGCACGCCGCCCAGGAGCUCGUCGACAACCCCACCACCACGGACCUCCGCGCCUCCAACUGGCUGCGCCGCCUCGUCGAGGGCGGCCGGCCCGGGGCGGCAGGGGCGGCGCCGGCCGGCGGGCUGGCGAUGACGUUUAUAGGGAAGGACAUAGAGUACAUGCUGAACACGGGGAACCUGGCGAGCCCAUCGGGGCUGGACAUGCAACAGAGGUCGGGAUUCACUGUCGUGGCUGAUAAACUCAACUGGCACCGCUACCUCUCGCAUUUCCGCUCCGUGCAUCGCGGGGCGUUCUUCUCAACACUGCGGACCACCACUGUGCGCAAGCUGCUGCCAGAGUCGUGGGGGUUCGUGUGUCCCGUGCACACACCAGACGGCGCCCCCUGCGGCCUCCUCACUCACCUGUCAGCCCCAUGCACAGUCACCACCGACCUCACCCCCCCUCCCCUCGCCUCCCCCUCCCCCUCCGCCCCCUCCUCCGCCUUAGCCCUCCUCCCCUCCACUCCUGGCUCUGCACUCGUCCCCCACACCCCCUCCACACCUGCUGGAACUCCCGGAGCAGCCUCCCUAGCCUUGGGGCUAGGUUCGGGGGUAGGCUCGGUGAAGUCCCGCGACGCGAUUGGCCGAGCGGUGCUGCGGUGUCUGGCGCCGUUUGGGCUGGUGGCGGUGGGGGCGGGGGUGCCGCCCCCUGCGCCGUCUCCGGUGUUUCUGACGGUGAUGGUGGAUGGGUGUGUGCUGGCACACAUUCACUCGGAGAUGGCACCGGCUGCUGUGAAGCAUCUGAGUUCAGUGGGGCUAGUGGCAGUGUUUCUGAUGGUGAUGGUGGAUGGGUGUGUGAUGGGGCACAUUCAUUCCGAGAUGGCACCAACUGCGGUGAAGCAUCUGAGGUGCCUCAAGGCUACUGGGGAGGCUGGGAUCCCUCGGGACCUAGAGGUUGCUUACAUCCCAUUCUCCCAGCAAGGAACCUUCCCGGGCAUCUUCCUCUUCUCCGCACCGGCGCGCUUCGUCCGACCAGUGCGGCAGCUGCCCGCGCUCAACCCCAGAGCCACCGCUGCACCCACAUUCGAGCUCAUCGGUAGUCUGGAGCAGGUUUUCCUCGACGUGCUCUGCCCUGAUGGUUCGUCGUCCCCUUCCGCCCCAUCCGGCCAAGCCUCGACGGCAGGUUCGGCGACGCACGAGGAGGUUCGGCCGACGGAUAUCUUGAGUGUGAUGGCGAGCCUGACUCCCUGGUCGGAUUACAACCAGAGCCCCCGCAACAUGUACCAGUGCCAGAUGGGCAAGCAAACGAUGGGCAUGCCACUGCACUCGUUCCCCUUCCGCAAUGACAACAAGCUGUACCGCCUGCAGACGCCCCAGACGCCCAUCGCACGCACGGCAGCGUAUGACGACUAUGCCAUGGACCACUACCCCACUGGGGCCAAUGCUGUCGUUGCAGUGCUGGCUUAUACCGGGUACGACAUGGAGGAUGCGAUGAUCAUCAACAAGUCGUCCAUGGAGAGGGGCUUUGGCCACGGUUACAUCUACAAGAACGAGGUGAUCGAGGCCACCCAGGGCUCCACGUCACGUAUGGCCAAGUUCACGCCGGCCGGGCUGCCCGUGCAGAUGCUGGGGCGGGCGGCUAGUCACCGGCGCGGGCACAAGUGGACCAUUGACACCGAUGGGCUGCCCCGCCCUGGGGAGCACAUCACAAGCGGCGACGUGUACGCAUGCAAGGUGAACACGAUGACGGGCAAGGCGGACGAGAUUAAGUUGAAGGGGUCAGAAGAUGCGGUGGUGGAUGGAGUCACCCUCAUUGGCACCGGUCCCAAGACAGCGCUCACUAAGGCAUCCGUGCGCAUGCGCUUUGGCCGCUUGCCUCAAAUAGGGGACAAGUUCAGCAGCCGGCACGGGCAGAAGGGAGUGCUGUCACAGCUCUGGCCCGACGUGGACAUGCCCUUCGCCUCCUCCUCUGGCAUGCGCCCAGACAUCAUUAUCAACCCCCAUGCCUUCCCCUCGCGCAUGACCAUUGGCAUGCUCGUCGAGUCUGUGGCUGCAAAGAGUGGAUCUCUGCACGGAAACUUCGUGGAUGCUUCCCCAUUCCGCCCUGCCACGGUCAACCCCCCGCCCCUCACCAUGAGCCUCAAGUCCCGCCAGCCCGCCCAGCGACGUGGCGCCUCCCGAUUGGCCCGUCCCUCCGCUGCUACCCCAGGCCUCUCCACCCCUGUGCACCGCUCUAAACUGCACAAGAAAUCUGGUGCCCCCCCCACCCCGGCUACUCCUGUCACUCCUGCUGCUGCUGCUGGUGCUGAGAAAGGGGCUGGAAGCUUCACACCCUUGGAUCUCCCAACCCCUGCUUCAUCUGCCACACCUAGCCAGGCUGCCAAGCCUGCUGCAGGUCCGGCAGGAGCAGGUGGGCUGGGUGAAUCAAAUCCGCCACAGAAUAACGGAGAUCUGGUGGACACAUUCGGGCGGCAACUGGUGGAAAAGGGAUUCAGCUACUAUGGCACAGAGACUAUGUAUAGCGGAGUGUACGGGUGUGAGAUGGAGUGUGAAAUAUACCUAGGAGUGGUGUAUUAUCAGCGGCUGCGGCACAUGGUAUCAGAUAAAUUCCAGGUGCGGUCUACAGGGCCUGUGAACCCUCUCACGCAGCAGCCGGUGAAGGGGAGGAAGAAAGGUGGUGGAGUGCGGUUUGGAGAGAUGGAGCGCGAUGCAAUGCUGUCCCACGGCGCGGCGUUUCUCUUACACGACCGGUUACACUCAUGCUCCGACUACCACACCACUGACUUCUGCUCUCUCUGCGGCUCCCUGCUCGCUCCGGCGCUGUCUCGUCCCCGAGGCGGGUCGGCAGGUUCGGAUGCAGCUGUGGCGCUAGGCUUGGGGUUGGGGGCUGGUGUGGGGUAUGGGACGGUGGGGGGGGAGCUGAGGCAGAAGAAGAUGGUGUGUCGUGUGUGUGGCACGGGGAAGGGCGUGGUGCGAGUGGCGAUGCCGUAUGUGUUCAAGUAUCUGGCUGCUGAGCUGGCGGCAAUGAACAUAAAGCUCACACUGGGUGUGUGA